CAGGAUUACAAUGAGUACAUGUGGACUAUGAGAAAGGAUUUUUCCGAGCCUGAGCCCGAAUCUGUUAUCAAAACAGAUAUAUUCCAAGUAUCCAUUAGCACUCAUCAUUAAUUGAUGUGAAAUUGUGCGUAAGAGAAAAAGUUUGAUGGUGUUAAUAAUGGUGCGUUACGUGGAUCCGCUCAUUUCCCACUAGGUUAUGGAAUGUGAGAAAAAAAACACUUGACGCAAAAAGUAACUGUUUUGAUAUGAACGAGCUGCGUGGGACUGUAGGUACACUUAAACGUUUUGUUCUUCUUAUACUCGUAAGUGUUUACGAGAGAGUAUAUUGUGCUCGAACGAAUAAAAGUUCCGCUGUGACGCGCCGCAAUUAAGACUACUGCCUACAGUUGUCGACGUACCUACUUCAAAAUGGUGAAGAAAAAGGGAAUCGUUUGGAAUUACUUCACGAAAAAGAUAUACGGAGCGCAAGUAACAGCCUUUUGCAAUUUUUGCGACCAAUCGUACAUUCAAAAUGCCACUCGCAUGGAAAAACACAUUGUCCGCUGUCCCAAGUGCCCGGAUGACGUGAAGCAUGCGUUUUUAAAAGCCGUGAGAACCAAAAAAGCCAAUUCGGUGAUGGCCCUGAGACUAGCUAGUAACUGGUCAUUGCCCACUGUAACAAAACAGAACAACACUAGGCAAAACUUUACCGAGGUCAAUUUACCGGAAUGGAAGUAUAAUGAGGAUGAUGCUCCAGUCAACGAUGGUACGAGGAAUGCUAAUGAAGUCGAGGACUCCAAGGAUUGGAAUAAGAACUUGUCAGUGCAAGAUGAACAGAAUGAGUAUGUGAUACCUCAUGUAAACUGGGAACCUAAUAAUGAUGAUGAAGGUAGUAGUAAUGACAUAGUGGAACAAAACACGGAAGAGCAAAUUGAGGAGGAACCAGAAGUCACUUAUACCAGAAGAGUUCGCUCAAACAGGAGAUCCUUACAACCGCCUGUACGUACGACAUAUAAUUCUGCAGUACAGAACAAAAUCCAGCAUGAGCAGUAUUUGGAAAAACGUGCCUUAAGGCGUGUAGCGGAAAUAGAACUGCAGCACAAGACUUUGGAGUAUGAAAAGUUAAAAUGGGAAUUUGAAAAUCAAAAAACUCAAUCUGAAGCUCGCUGGAUACAUGAGUGUCGCAUGAUGCAACUCAAAGAACUGCAUCAGCAGCAAUUAACAGGACAAAUUCAUAGCAAGCCCACAACUGAAAAGCAGUUAACAUAGUGUAAAUAAAUGAUUUCUUGUACUUUGCAAGUUUGGCAGCACUUGUAAAUGUUUACAUUCAUCUCAAAUUCGUGCAUCCAUGUACUUGGGAAAUGUUUAAUUUGAAACUCACUUAAUCAUUUGCAUUUCAUAUGAAUAUUUUUUUAAUCAUAGACUUAAAGCUAUUUAAUACUUAAUUUAAGAUUUGUAAAAAAAAUAUUUUGAGAUUGUACGGUUUAAUUUCUAUAGUCAUAAGAAGAAAGUUCUCUCAGCAACCAAUAAAAUAAGAUACAUAAGACUGUUAACCAAGAAUAAUAUCCUAUUACAACGUUGUUGAUAAAUAUUUAAUUUCAAGU